UUAUUUGAUUUUAACAGAAAAAUUAUUUUCAGGUUCAUCACUUAUUUGUCCAAUUAAUGUUUUCUGUAACAUUUUCUUUAUCUUGUACAAUGUUUGAACUCAUCAUCUUUGAAAUUCUUGGAAUCCUUGAUUCUAGAUCAAGAUUUAUUCAUUGGAAACUUGGACUCUAUGCUAUACUCUUCAUGCUUAUUGUGCUAUUACCAUUUUAUAUCGGUUAUUUCAUUUUAAGCAAUGUGAGAUUUGUUCAAAAACAGUUUAUCAAACCUCUUACAGUGGCAGCAUGGCUUGGAUUUAUGUAUUUAUUUUGGAAAAUUGGUGAUCCUUUUCCAAUUCUUAGUCCAAAACAUGGAAUUCUAUCUAUUGAACAAGGGAUAAGCAGAGUUGGUGUAAUUGGAGUGACACUAAUGGCUUUACUGUCUGGAUUUGGUGCUGUAAAUUAUCCUUAUACAUCCAUGGCAUAUUUUAUGAGACCUGUGACUUCUACAGAUAUUCAAGCAUUAGAGAAAAAGUUGAUUUUAACAUUAGAUAUGAUCAUUAUGAAGAAGAAAAGAUUAGCAUUGGCUGCACGGGAGAAAUUGCAGCAGAAUAUGGUUACUCGUCAUACAUCAGGAAUAUGGGGAAUGUUGAAAAGUGUAGCAUCAAGUGGAAGUGGUGAAAAUAUAAAUCAAUUACAAGAAGAAAUCAGGGGAUUGGAAGAGCUCAGUAGACAGUUGUUUUUGGAAUCUGUCGACAUGCACACUAUGCAGGAAAGAAUAGAAUGGUCAAAAACAUUGAAAGGAAAAUAUUUUAAUUUUGUAGGAUAUUUUUUCUCUUUAUAUUGUGUCUGGAAAAUAUUUAUUUCAACUGUUAACAUUGUCUUUGAUCGUGUUGGAAGAGUAGAUCCUGUGACAAGAGGUAUUGAAAUUGCAGUAAAUUACAUGGGAAUUAACUUUGAUGUAAAAUUUUGGUCUCAGCACAUUUCAUUCAUAUUAGUUGGAGUUAUUGUAGUUACUUCUAUUCGUGGCCUUCUCAUAACUUUAACUAAGUUCUUCUAUGCAAUAUCAAGUAGCAAAUCCUCAAAUGUUAUUGUUCUUGCUUUAGCUCAAAUAAUGGGAAUGUAUUUUGUUUCAUCAGUACUGUUAAUACGGAUGAACAUGCCACCUGAAUACAGGUCAAUUAUUACUGAAGUGUUAGGGGAACUACAAUUCAAUUUCUACCAUCGCUGGUUUGAUGUUAUAUUUUUGGUUAGUGCAUUAUCCAGUAUUGGUUUCCUCUACCUUGCACAUAAACAAUUACCAGAGAGAGAGAGUCUAUAAUGUGACUAUAUUGUAUUAUUAAAUGUUAUUAAAAAAUUCUUUUUCUUAAAUUUUAUUAAUUCACCAAAACUUUAGUUGAAUAAAAUUUAAUGUUUUUAAUAAAAAUAUUUAAAUAUAUUUUAAAAGUACAAGUUUACAGAAAAUGUCAGAAAUACUAUAUUAAAAUGGAAUUUAAUGUAAUAAUAGCAAUUGAAAGUACUGCUAAUGAAUUCAGGAGGAAAGCAUAAAAUGAAAUUUAUUCAAUAAUUUUUAUUUUUUGACUAAAACAAUUGAUUUAUACAUAGUGCAAUCAUAAACUGUUUUUAUUUCAUCAUUUACAACACUGUUUCUCAUUCUCUAACGAAUCAUUGCCCCCUUCAAUAAAAUCGUUAUGUAGUAUCGCCCCUUUCACUACAAAAUUCUGAUGCCGAG